AUGAAGACAACCUACGCGCUCACCUUCCUCCCCCUUCUUUUCAGCGAGGCCCUAGCUGGCUGCUCUCGGAUUGCCAACGAGGAAGGAGACACUCUUACGGAGGUUACAGGGUGCACUUGGGACGCCGCCCUUAGCUGGUGCAACUUCCCGGGCUACGAGGCUGCCAUCCAGCCCCGACAGCAAGGUGCUGUCAUCGAUAUCAAUGACACUCGGGAUAUCAGCUUCAAGCUGAUGACCCAAACCGAAGUUGGCACCAGCGACACCUUCUACUUCCUCUGUACUGGGGGAACCGAGCAAGAGUUCGUCAUAUUUGACUCGCCUGCUCAAAUGCUCUCUAUCGCUAGGGUUGUUGCCUAG